UUUGGUAUCGCCCGAUUGAGAGGACGCGUCGUGAACAGAGAAAAUGGCGGGUAGUUUGGACCGGUUCUGUGGAUCAACGUUUUGGGUUGCACAUACUACAGUGCUCACCCAGCUACUAGUGACUCAGCACAAAUUCCUUGUAGUGAUUGAUGGAACUUUGAAGUUUGAGUUCUGAAAGUUCUAGAAGUUUGCAACGGCUGAUGCUGAAACACGGAAGAAAGCCAUGCUCCCACACCCGAACAAGAAGAAGAGCUCAAAGAAAUCUGAGAAAUUGAAGGCAGCCGAGCGACGUUACUUUGAGGAAGCGAACAACGAAAACAGCGAGUUCUGGAAACCACUGACAAUAGAAGAUGAGUCUGACUGGCUGAACAACCACCCAGAGUCGGGGCAGACAUUUGAUGAUUGGUUUACUAAAGAGUACCUCCAACACAGAGUCACUCGCCUACGUCGUACCAUCUACAUCCUUCCUCUGGGGCCAUUUCCACCUGGGCAUGUAGGACAGUCUGCAGCUGCAGCUGCAGGUACAACCACAGAAGCUGGUGGCAGUUCUUCAAACAGAGGUGCUGCAGGCGGGGCCAAGGGCGGGGCCUGUCCAAGUUCAAGGUCAGACAAGGUCCUCCUGACGUGGCUGCAGAAGUUCUGCCAGUGUUUCUUCCUGGGCGUGGACGUCAAGUUUCUGGACCCGGUGCGGGUUCGCAUGGUUCGGUGCCGCACAAGAAUCAAUGAGGACACAAAGCAAUGGCAGCUGCUGUCCAAGGACAUCCUGGACUACCUGGUGAGUAAGAAGCCGCAUGAUGCCAUCUGCCUGGUCGCCGUCACCAUGUUGGACCUGUACCCCAGCGACUCCUGGAACUUCGUCUUCGGACAAGCCUCACUCGUUACAGGAUGCGGAGUAUUCAGCUUCGCUCGAUACGAUGAUAAUUUCUACCACAUCCCACGAGAUCGGCCGAAAGCCAAGAAGUCGGAGCUGGAAGAGUUCAGCAUGCCGCCAGUCACCAGCCCACUCCUGCUCCGAGCCUGCAAGGUGAUGACACAUGAGUUGUGUCACAUGUUUGGUAUGAAGCACUGCAUCUACUUCUCCUGCUGCAUCAACGGCUCCAACAGUCUGGACGAGUCAGACCGCCGCCCCGUCGACCUCUGCCCCAUCUGUCUCCGCAAGCUCCAGGAGGCCAUAGACUUCCGCCUCGCCGUCCGCUUCCGCGCCAUGCUGCAGUACUGCACCAAGGAAUCCUGGGACGCCGGCAUACCCCCACCUCCUCUGGAGGCAUUCGAACCAUUCAAGAAGUGGCUGGAGAGAGUUCUGGUCUUCAUGGAGAAACAAACGGUCGCUGGGAGUGAGGAAAGCAGCCAAGCUUCCAAUUAAUUAGCGACUAUAAAAGACUUAAGUAUUGGAUAUACUGUCAUUAUACCAGUCAUUCUCACUCCCUUUUCCAGGACAUAAAAGUCGCUGUAUCUAAUACUAAUAGCAAAUGUAAAAGAAUUUUAUAAUUCCUCAACUUGUCCUUGCUAGGAGUCCUUGCGUGGCAUUGGUUUGAGACUAACAGUAACAGAGUGACACUAACAGCCCUGUC